GCAGCCAUUCUCAUCUCCACCGGAGCUGUUCUGGGCAGGGGAAACCCCGUCCAGAUGCUGCUGCUGACCCUGCUGGGAGUCACCCUCUUCACUCUCAACGAAUACAUCCUGCUCAGUCUCAUGGGGGUAAGCGACAGCGGGGGCUCCUUGACCAUCCACACCUUCGGUGCUUAUUUCGGCUUGAUGGUUUCACGGAUUUUGCACCAGCCCCAUACAGACAAGAGGAAAGAGCAGCAGGACACGGGGCACCAGCCAGACGUCUUCGGUGUGGUUGGAACCAUCUACCUGUGGAUCUUCUGGCCCAGCUUCACCUCGGCCACCACGGUCCGUCACAACGCCGAGCCCUGGGCAGUGCUCAACACCUACUUCUCACUGGUGGCGAGCACCCUGGCCACCUUUGUCCUCUCGCCUGUCCUCUACGAGGAGAGCGCCCUGCGGAUGGUUCAGAUCCAGGAUGCCACCUUGGCUAGCGUGGCCAUGAUGGGCAUGGCUGGGGAGAUGCUGGUCACCCCCUUCGGGGCCCUCAUUGCGGGGUUUCUAGCCGGCCUGAUCCCCCCACUUGGCUUCAGAUUCCUCACGCCCGUCCUGCGCUCCAGGCUGAAAACCCAGGACACGUGUGGGGUUCACAACGUUCACGGGCUGCCGGGGAUCCUGGGCGCCUUGCUGGGGACGCUGCUGACGGCGCUGGCCACUGCAGAUGCUUACGGCGGCAGGUGGCAG